CAUCUUACUUUACUUGGUCACAAUAUUUCGCCUGCAUCCCCCCUUUCCCCUUCAAAUACUCUUUGCUCGCAUACUGAUGCAGAGACCUGCCUCUUCUUCUGGCCAAGGCACUGCCCCUCCCCGCACGUUGGCGCCUGUAAGAGACCUCUCCCCGCGUAGGGAUGUUACACGUACGACCAGUGGAACAGCUAGUGCUUCUUCUGGGGGCGCCCAUCGACGGCCCGGCGGCGGCGGUAGGGGUCACGGUGAUGCAGAGCACAGUAUCUUCGUGGGUGAUCUCGCUCUGGACGUGACUGCGGAAGAUCUUGUCGAUGUCUUUCGUAACCCAUCCAUCGGGGUCCCCCCUCAAUCAGAAGAUGAACCAAGACGACUGAUUAAGCCAUUCUUGAGCUGUAGCAGCGCAAAGGUCAUGUCCGAACCAGAGACCAAUGGGAGCAAGGGGUAUGGGUUUGUGAGGUUUUCAAACCGGGAUGAGAUGGUGCGCGCUUUAGUCGAGAUGCAGGGUGUUUACUGCUGCGGCAGGCCAAGUAGGUCGACUGAUAUUUGUCUCGUCCUCACAUGCCAGCCAUAUGCCCCAAGGGCGCCUUUCAUUGCGGUCCUCCGUAUUGUGUUCCUUUUCCUCCCCCCAGAUUCGAGCGUGGGAACUGACCGUUUUCCUCCGCCUCCUUCGUCACCUUCCAUUUUGUCGCUACCAUACCAGUGCGUAUAGCAAGUGCACCAUCAAGAUCGAAGCCGCCAAUCGCGUCUGCCACUACCAGUCGGGCAUCCCCACCGCGUCCCCUUCCCCCAAUAGACACAUCUUGGCGUG